UCGCACGUCACAACAUGGCGGUUUUGUUUCGUUUUGCGUGCGCUUGCGACUCUUCCGUGUUUUGUGGUUUCUAUACGGUUUUAACUGUAUUGAAAUUGUAUUAUUGCCAGGUUAUGUUGAGUUGAGUGCCAAAACUCCUCCGUAGCCUUGGAUAUUUUGUGAAUUUGCGAUCAGGACGCUGUUUGUGUAGUGCGAUUUGGACGCUUUUGUGAUUGUGUUUUGGAUCUGUUUUUGAAAAAUAUGCCUCCUCGCUGUUUUUUGGGAUGCUCGAGUGAUCCAGGGGUACACUUACAUGUAUUUCCUCACCCUGAGCGUUUCCCGGACCAAUUUAAAAAAUGGGUGGAAAUUGUUUGUGGACAAUUAAACACACCUGAAGAUUAUGCAUUUUUCCGAAAAAAACGUUUGUGUGAUAGACACUUCACAGCCAAAGACAGGAACAGGAAUAACAGGCUGAAUGCUCUGGCCGUUCCUUCAUUAUUUAUAAAAGUUGUUUCUACAAACUGUUCGGCAACAAUGUCUGAAACACAAACAAACACUUUGGUAGAUGAACCCCUUCUUCAAACAAUAUCUUUGGCUGAGUCAAGAGAUGAACAUGGUGAUAACACAAUGGUUAAUGAAACACCUGUAAAUGAGGGAAUGGAUAUAGAUACUCCUCUUCUACAAACCAUGUCUUUGUUAGGAUCUUUGAGAGGUGAUCCUACUGAUAACUUGACACCAACAAACAAAGCUCCUGAAACUAGGUCUGUCAUCGAUGUGAUGACACUUCCUCUGCAGACAACUCACUUUGUAUCUUUAUGUGAUGAACCUGUUCCCCAGUUAGUAAGUACAGCCCAAGGAAGUGACAGUCAGACAGUAGCUGAAAUUACUGAAGAUAUUCUCCCUGUUCAAAGAACAUUUGAUAAGUCCUUGAGAGGUUUAAACACAUCAAUAUUUAUGGAGCAUAAUUACAGCAAAAUUUCUCAUACUAAAAAAAAUAAUGUGGCUUGCCUCGACGUAUUCAACAGAAAACCAGUUUUAAUACUGAGCAAGUAUAAAAAUGAGACAAGGAUAAUUAAGAAUUUACAACGGCAAAUAAAAAUGCUACGCAUGAGGUGUACGUCAUUCAAGAACCAAUUAGCAAGUGCAAAGAAAAUGACUGCGAACUCUGCUUUUCAGAAAGUAACAAAAAAUAUGACAUCUGCAGCAAAAUUAUUCACUGAAAUGCAAUUUAGUCAAUCCCAUAAGAAACCAUCUGGUCGAAGAUUUUCUUUGGAGGAAAAGAUACUGUCACUAUCUUUGUUCAAACAAAGUCCAAAGUGCUAUUCUUUUUUAACUCACUGUUUCACAUUGCCAUCCAAAAAGACUCUAAAAGGAUUAUUGGCUCAGGUAAAAUUAGGACCAGGCAUAAAUGAAAAAGUUUUCGAAAAAUUGAAAAAAGCAGUUACAGGUUUGAGCAUUGAAGACCGUCUCUGCACUAUUAUAUUUGACGAGAUGUCAUUAAAUCCGCAAAUACAUUAUGAUAUAGCAAAUGACAAAUUAAAAGGAUUUGUGAGCACAGAAACCAGUAAUCAAAACCUUAUAGCUGACCAUGUGUUGGUUUUUAUGAUAAAAGGGAUUAAGGUCAACUUUAAACAACCAGUGGCUUACUACUUUACCAACAGUCUUAACAGACAUCAAUUAAAAAAUAUUAUUUAUCAAGUAGUCAAGAAAGUACAAGCCACUGGUUUAAUUAUCUUGUGUUCGGUCUGUGACCAAAGUUCGGUUAAUGUAGGAGCAAUAUCUGAUCUAGUUCAAGAAACGAAGCAAAGAAUACUAAGACAGGGAAAUGAGUGGCGACACGAUUUUUAUGAAAUCAACAAUUGCAAAAUCAUACCACUGUACGAUGUUCCUCACUUGUUAAAAGGAGUUCGUAACAAUUUAAUUUCGAAAGAUUUAAUUUAUAAUGAUGUAGACGAUGCUGAUAAAGAAAAAAAUAUUAAAUGGCAAUAUUUUCAACAAAUAUAUGAAGCAGAUAAAACAUUUGGGGAACUUCGUCUAUUGAAUAAAAUAACGGAGGAACACAUAAAUCCUCAAAAAAUAAAAAAAAUGCGUGUCAAAACAGCUGCACAAAUUUUUAGUCAUAGUGUUGCUGUUGUGACUGAACAUUUGACGGCCAGGGGAAUCGUCAAUGAUCAGUGUCGCCAUUUAAUCCCAUUUGUGUUAUUAUUAGAUAAAUUGUUUGACUCUCUUAACAGCAACACAUUUUAUAUACCUAAUGGUAAAAUUUAUAAAAGUUGUGUACGAAAAUCAUCACUCACCUCAUCACCAGCUCUGGAUCAAAGCUAAAAAGUUAUUUAAGUCAAUUAAAUUUAUUUCCCCUAAAAAAACUGGUGGAAAAAUUAGCUUAGUAAUGUGCACUGUUCCAUCAACUGUUAAUUUUAUUAAAACCAUUGAAGGUUUUGAAGUUUUGUGGAACAUUUUAUCUAAGAAAUAUAAUUUUGAUUGCAUGAUGACACGACACUUUAAUCAGGACCCUGUGGAAAAUUUCUUCGGCAAUAUCCGUAGUUAUGGGGCGAGAAAUAACUCUCCAAAUGUUGUAGCAUUUGAAGGUGCAUAUAAAGCACUUUUGCUAAAUAAUUUUAAUUCGCCCCACUCCAUCGGCUCUAACUGCGAGCAAGAUGAUAAUAACUGUUUGCAUUCAAUAGAUUUCUUUUUAACCGAAAAGCAGCAUGUUGAUCGUAAUGAGGAUAUUUCCGAAGAUAAUUUUGUAAUAAAUGAAGAAUUGUUAAUGGAUAGGGUAGUGGUAAAAGAUAUGGGUCAAAGAAAUUAUGUUUGUGGUUGGGUGAUAUUCAAAUGUUUAAAAAAUAUUGUAAAAGGUUGUGUCACAUGCAAGGCGAAAUUGAUUUGUAUUGACAAUAAUAAUAAUGAUUUUAUAAAAUUAAGAGAAUAUAAUAAAACUAAGAAGUGGCAAACAUACCCGUCUGAAGAGGCAGUCAAUUUCUUUUAUGAAAUUCAGAUGAACACUGUCUCUUUUUUAAAAAGUAAUGUUCCACAAAGCGGAAUCAAAUCAAAAAUCAUGUGGAUAACUGACACCUUGGUAACAUCUCCUUUCAAUUGUGUAAAACACAAAGAAGAAUUAAAAUAUUAUUUUGUUAAAACAACCGUUAAUGUGUUGGUUAACAGUUGGUGUCGCGAAGUGAACCGAAUUUUGUCAGGGAAAGUGUCGUAUGAUGGGGAUGAUGAAAUAAAAAUAGCAGCUCAAAAUUAUUAUGUGAAACAUAAAAAAUUCAAGACAAAAAAAUUGUAAAUGGCUAUCUAUCUCUUCAUGGAUUCAGCUUUAAUUUAAUUUUGAGAAAUAGAUUGUCACUAAAAUUUCAUUCUUAUGAAUAACAGAAUUAAAAUCCUACCACUAUGAUAACCAUUUACAAUAGUUUUACAGAUCUAUCCUCGAAUACUUAUAGUACCUGAUGUAUUGUAUUAUUUUUUUAGUAAGUACACGUUUUAGUUGUCUUUUCAAUAAAUAAAUAAAAGUAUAAA